AUGUGCAUUCCUUCUUUCUGUCUUUUUUUUAGUAUUUCUUUCUUUCGUUUUGUCUCUCUGCCUUUCUUUCUUUCGUUUUGUCUCUCUGCCUUUCUUUCUUUCUUUCUUUCUUUCUUUCUUUCUUUCUUUCGUUUUGUCUCUCUGCCUUUCUUUCUUUCUUUCUUUCUUUCUUUCGUUUUGUCUCUCUGUCUUUCUUUCUUUCUUUCUUUCUUUCUUUCUUUCGUUUUGUCUCUCUGCCUUUCUUUCUUUCUUUCGUUUUCUCUCUCUGCCUUUCUUUCUUUCGUUUUGUCUCUCUGCCUUUCUUUCUUUCUUUCUUUCUUUCUUUCUUUCUUUCUUUCUUUCUUUCUUUCUUUCUUUCUUUCGUUUUGUCUCUCUGCCUUUCUUUCUUUCUUUCUUUCUUUCUUUCGUUUUGUCUCUCUGUCUUUUCUUUCUUUCUUUCUUUUUCUUUCUUUUCUUUCUUUCUUUUUUCGUUUUGUCUCUCUGCCUUUCUUUCUUUCUUUCGUUUUGUCUCUCUGCCUUUCUUUUCUUUCUUUCUUUCUUUUUUUCUUUCUUUCUUUCUUUCGUUUCUUUUCGUUUUGUCUCUGCCUUUCUUUCUUUCUUUUCGUUUUGUCUCUCUGCCUUUCUUUCUUUCUUUCGUUUUGUCUCUCUGCAUUUCUUUUCUUUUUCUUUUUCUUUUCUUUCUUUCUUUCUUUCUUUCUUUCGUUUUGUCUCUCUGCCUUUCUUUCUUUCUUUAUUUCUUUCGUUUUGUCUCUGCCUUUCUUUCUUUCUUUCGUUUUGUCUCUCUGCCUUUCUUUCUUUCUUUCGUUUUGUCUCUCUGCCUUUCUUUCUUUCUUUCUUUCUUUCUUUCUUUCUUUCUUUCUUUCUUUCUUUCUUUCUUUCUUUUCUUUCUGUUUUGUCUCUCUGCCUUUCUUUCUUUUCUUUCUUUCUUCUUUCUUUCUUUCUUUCGUUUUGUCUCUUCUUUUUUGUUUCUUUCUUUCGUUUUGUCUCUCUGCCUUUCUUUCUUUCUUUCGUUUUGUCUCUCUGCCUUUCUUUCUUUCUUUCUUUCUUUUCGUUUUGUCUCUCUGCCUUUCUUUCUUUCUUUUUAUUUCUUUCGUUUUUUGUCUCUGCCUUUCUUUCUUUCUUUUCUUUCUUUCGUUUUGUCUCUGCCUUUCUUUCUUUCUUUCUUUCUUUCUUUCUUUCUUUCUUUCUUUCUUUCUUUCUUUCGUUUUGUCUCUCUGCCUUUCUUUCUUUCUUUCGUUUUGUCUUUCUUUCUUUCUUUCUUUUCUUUCUUUCUUUCUUUCUUUCUUUCUUUCGUUUUGUCUUUCUUUCUUUCUUUCUUUCGUUUUGUCUUUCUUUCUUUCUUUCUUUCUUUCGUUUUGUCUCUCUGCCUUUCUUUCUUUCUUUCGUUUUGUCUCUCUGCCUUUCUUUUCUUUUUUUAUUUCUUUUCGUUUUUGUCUCUGCCUUUCUUUCUUUCUUUCUUUCUUUUCUUUCUUUCUUUCGUUUUUGUCUCUCUACCUUUCUUUUUUUUCUUUCUUUCUUUCGUUUCUCUCUCUGCCUUUUUUCUUUCUUUUCUUUCUUUCUUUCUUUCUUUCUUUCUUUCUUUCUUUCUUUCGUUUUGUCUCUCUGCCUUUCUUUCUUUCUUUAUUUCUUUCGUUUUGUCUCUGCCUUUCUUUCUUUCUUUCUUUCUUUCUUUCUUUCUUUCGUUUUGUCUCUCUGCCUUUCUUUCUUUCUUUCUUUCUUUCGUUUUGUCUCUCUGCCUUUCUUUCUUUUUUCUUUCUUUCUUUCUUUCUUUCGUUUUGUCUCUCUGCUUUUCUUUCUUUCGUUUUGUCUCUCUGCCUUUCUUUCUUUCUUUCUUUCUUUCUUUCUUUCUUUCUUUCUUUCUUUCUUAAUUUUUCUCAUCAUAAUCUGCGCAUUCCCAACGAAGAUGUUUUCUUUUUUUUAUUCCUAUAA